AUGGUAAAAGAAUUUUUAGGGGAAGGUAGUCAAGCAGGUCAAAAUCUACUUAGAUUAGUAUCUCGUGGUAAUGCGAUCAUUGCUGAAUUACUUCGUUUAAGUGCACAUAUUCCAAGUGUUUUCAAAUUAGAAGAUAGAAAUGAAGCUAGAAAAUAUCAAGACAUUUUAUUAGAUUUUAAAUAUCUUUCAAAUCCAGAUUUUUAUGAAUCUAAAAUUGAAGAAAAUGCUGAUUUAGUUGAUUUGGAAACAGAAUUUAGAGAUAAUCAUAUUGAUAUUUUAAUUAGAUUUUAUCAUUUAUUUGAAAGUAUUUAUAAAUAUAUUAUGGAUUUAGAGCAUUAUAUUGUUGAUGUUGAAAAAGGUUUUUAUAUUCAUUUAACAAUUGAGGCAAUUUUAAUAAAUGGUGAUGGUAAACAAUUAUUAUCAGAAGCAGUUUAUUUAUAUGGUGUAAUGUUAAUUUUAAUGGAUAAUUUAAUUGAAGGACCAGUUAGAGAGAGAAUGUUAAUUUCAUACCUUAGAAACAAAGGACCUGUUGAUUUACCAUUAAUUGAUGAAGUAUGUAAACUUUGUAAGAGUACAGGUUAUAUACCAGGUUCACCAAAGAAACCACCAAAUUAUCCAGAGGAAUAUUUUAGACGUGUUGAAUUACCAGAGAAUGUAAUUUCAAUGAUUGUUGGUCGUUUACGUUCUGAUGAUCUCUAUAAUGGUACUGAAUCUUUCCCACAACCUGAACAUAGAUCUGUUGCAUUAUCAACUCAAGCAUGUAUGAUUUAUGUUAUAUUAUAUUUCAUUCCUGAUAUUUUAAAUAAUAAAAAUUCAAUAAUGAGAGAAAUUGUUGAUAAAUUUUUCCCAGAUAAUUGGGUUAUAUCAUUUUUUUUAGGAUUUACAAUUGAUUUAUCAGUUGCAUGGGAACCAUAUAAAGCAGCAAAGACAGCAAUGGGUAAUACUAUUAUACAAUCGAAUAUACAAUAUCAAACACAAAGAUUUUGGAAAGAAGUUAGUGAAUUGAAUAAGUUGGUCGAUGAUUUAUUAGUUGAUGGAUUAUUGGUUGAAGAGUAUAUUGUUGAUAAUGUUCAUAAGAUCAUUACUACAUUACGUCGUUGUAAUGUUACAAUUCGUUGGGUUAUGUUACAUAGUAAUGCAAGUCAAAAGAAAUUUAAGGAUUUAGUAUUGAUGGGUGGUUCACAAGAGGAUGUACUAUACCUACUAUUGAAUACAGCACAAUUGGAAUUUGUUUUUAAGAAUAUUUUCCAACAAUUAUUAGCAACCAAAGAAGAGAAAUGGGAAGAGAAUAAAAAGUUGGCAUCAGAUUCAAUGGUUGAACUCUCAGAGUAUUUCUCUGGUGAGAAAGCGUUAACUCGUGUGAAAAAGAAUGAAAAUCUUCAAAAAUGGUUUGGUGAAAUCUCUCAAAAGAUUAGUCAAUUAGAUUCUACCGAUUCAACAAGUACCGGUAGAAAAAUUCAACAACUCUCAUUGGCAUUGGAAGAGGUUGAGCAAUUUCAACAAAUCGAUUCAAGUAUUCAAGUGAAACAAUUUUUAAUUGAAACUAGACAAUUUUUAACUAAAAUGAUUAAAAUCGUUAAUAUCAAAGAGGAGGUAUUGGUCAAUCUUUCAGUUUGUGCCGAUAUGUCAUAUGCAUGGGAAAUCGUUAAUAACUAUGUCGAUCAAAUGCAAAAGGGUAUUAAAUCCGAUCCAAAAUGUGUACUAAAACUUCGUGCCACCUUUUUGAAAUUAGUAUCAAUUCUCGAUUUACCAUUGGUUAGAAUCGCUCAAUGUUCAUCACCCGAUCUUAUAUCGGUAUCAGAGUAUUACUCUGGUGAAUUGGUUGGUUAUGUUAGAAAGGUAUUGGAAAUCGUACCAAAACAAAUGUUUUUAAUCUUAAAACAAAUCAUUAAUAUGCAAACUAAUAAUAUUCAAGAGAUGCCAACAAAAGUUGAGAAAGAGAGAUUAAGAGAUUUCGCUCAAUUGGAUCAAAGAUACGAUUUGGCAAGAGCAACCCAUUCAGUAUCGGUUUUCACUGAGGGUAUUCUAGCAAUGGAGACAACAUUGGUUGGUAUCAUUGAAGUCGAUCCAAAACAAUUACUCGAGGAUGGUAUUCGUAAGGAGUUGGUAUUACAAAUUGCAUUGGCAAUGGAUAAAACAUUGAUUUUCAGUGGUAAACCAUAUCAAGCACCAUCCAAUAAGCAACAACAACAAGAGAUUGAAUUAUUACAACGUCUAAAAGAGUUGUCAAAUAUAUUGGAUGGUUUUAGACGUUCAUUCCAAUACAUUCAAGAUUAUGUAAACAUUCAAGGUCUAAAGAUUUGGCAAGAGGAGUUUUCACGUAUUGUCAAUUUCUACGUUGAACAAGAGUGUAAUAGUUUUUUAAAGAAAAAAGUAUACGAUUGGCAAUCACAAUAUCAAUCGGUUGCAAUUCCAAUUCCAAAAUUCCCAUCACAAUCUGAUCAAAAUUCUCAACAAUCUGUCAAUAUGAUUGGUCGUUUAGCAAGGGAAUUGCUAAAUCAAACCAAUUGUAAAACUACAUUAUAUUUGAAUCAAAUUGGUUGGUUCGAUCCAUCUAGUGGUAAAGAAUUGGUUGGUAUAAACACUUGGUCAAUUCUUCAUCAAUCGGUUGGUAUCUUUGGUUUAACAGGUUUGGAUAAGUUGUUUAGUUUUAUGAUGGUAAAGGAUUUACAAGUUUUCGUUAGUCAAACUCGUUCUUUGGUUGAGAAAAGUCUUAAAGGUUUCUUGAAUGAAUUUGAAGAUUACUUACGUCCAACCACCAAUAUACCAGACACAAUGAUUCGUUAUCAACAAGCAUUGGAUAAAACAAAGUUACUCUACCCAAUUUUCAUUGAUGUCCUAACAAAGAUUGGUCAAAUUCAAUUAAUUAGAAGACAAAUUUCAAAUCAAUUAAAUUUCCAUUGUAAAAUCGAUUCGAAUAUGUUAUUCUCUUCAUUGGAUAUCAUGAAUAAAUCAUUAUUGAAUGAUAUAGAAUCUCAUUUCCAACGUCCAGAUUCAAAUCCUUAUCCAAGUGAUGAUAAUACUUUAUUGUUUGAUUUGGCUCAGUAUUUAGAUACUGCAGGUAUUAAUGACCCUUUCACAAAGAUCUAUAUCACCACCUCUCCAUUGGAACAAUUCCCAUGUCUAUUGUUUUUAUUCGUACUCUCUCAAGUUUCAAAAUUCCAAUUCAAUUCAAAAUUGAAUGUCAUGUCUUCAAAGAAACAAAAGAAUAGCUAUGAUUGGACACCUUUCAUCAUUGGUUGUAUUACAAUACUUCAACAAUUCCAUUCACUUCAUACUCAAAAGUUUUUAGCUUUUGUUGGUCAAUACAUUAAAUCUCAUAUCAAUAUCGCUUUAGCUAAUCCAAAAGAAAAUAAUAAAGAUGAUGCUGAUUAUCCUGAAGAUGUUAUUGGUUUACUUAGAUUCUUGGAAGAUUUUUGUAAAUAUUCUCAUACUUCUAGAAAAAUCGUUGAAGGUUAUGUACCACCUUAUAUUUUUGAUUAUUAUAAUAAUUAA